AUGGGUUCAAGAAAGGGCAAGGCGCAUAAAAUGAGAUCAAGAAACAUGGGCUUCCUUUGGACAUCUUGCGGCCAGCCUAUACCUCGAAGAAGGAACCCCUUCCAGUUGCAGCCAAAACGAAAGACAGACAAAAGAGCCCUCCUCCCGUAUGCAUGGCUAGUGAAUGUUCUCGUUCCCGUUCCCAUUCCGGAAGUGAGUAAGCUUGCUUGGGAUCAUGCACCUCACUCGGAAUAG